GAGAGGAGGGAGCUGAAAUAGAGAAGCACUAGGUCACACUGACGCUGGACGUCCUUGUCUGUCUCAGGCGUGAAAGGCUGCUUUGCUGUCCUCCCUCCUCAGCCUCACUCGCUCCAUCUGGAAGACGCAGAGCUGCAGACACAAUUAACAACCGGGGGCCACUUUGCGCACUAAUUGCCCUCCACUGCUGCCCUGCAAAGCAACUUAUACUUUCUGUUCUUGGAUCUAACUCCUCACACAUCCCUGCCACCCACACCCUCAUUAAAUGUGUUAUCGGGAGAGCGCGCUGUAGAAGACCCUCGGGGGUUUGCUUCUGAUUGUGACGACGACUCCCCGGCUUGGAGGUGAAAGCCACGCACUUUAGCAGCGAUGGAGUACCUCAAGUUGUGCAUUGUGUUUUCAUGCUGGAUGACGUGUGCAAACUCAGUCGUGUCCACUGACACACCCCGGGCUCCUGCGCCUCUUCCUAAUGAAAAAUUGCUGGUGCUCACUGUGGCAACAGAAGAAACAGAUGGCUUCCACCGCUUCAUGCAAUCUGCAAACUAUUUCAAAUACACUGUGAAGGUAUUGGGAUUGGGAGAGGCAUGGAAGGGUGGUGACGUUGGCCGAUCCAUCGGUGGAGGACAAAAAGUCAGACUACUGAAGGAGGCCAUGCAAGGUUUAGCUGACCAGGAAGAUCUUGUAGUCCUCUUUGUGGACAGCUAUGAUCUUAUCUUCGCUGGGGGACCAGAGGAGAUUCUCAGGAAGUUCCAGCAAGCCAAUCAUAAAGUCCUUUUUGCUGCAGAGGGGUUGAUAUGGCCAGAUAAGAGACUGGCUGAUAAGUAUCCCUCGGUCCGCAGUGGCAAGCGGUACCUCAACUCAGGAGGAAUAAUUGGGUAUGCCCCGUACAUAAACAGAAUUGUUUCACAGUGGAAUCUUCACGACAAUGACGACGACCAGCUGUUCUACACUAAAAUCUUUUUGGAUCCACUACAAAGAGACUCUCUCAAUAUGACUUUGGACCACAGGUGCCAGAUUUUCCAGAAUCUGAAUGGAGCAAUUGACGAAGUGCUUCUCAAGUUUGGAACCGACCGCGUGAGAGUUAGAAACACAGCAUAUGACUCUCUGCCGGUGGUUGUCCAUGGCAACGGGAACACCAAAAUGUACUUGAACUACUUGGCCAACUAUGUUCCCAACACAUGGAACUACGAGCACGGCUGCAGCCACUGUGACGAUGAUGUCGUGGACUUGUCUCAGGUCAAAGAAUUCCCCAGUGUGCUUGUCGGCAUCUUUAUUGAGCAACCAACGCCAUUUCUUCCUGAGUUCUUCCAGCGGUUGAUAACAUUGGACUAUCCCAAAGAUAAAAUCAAAGUUUUUGUCCACAACAAUGAGGUUUAUCAUGAGAGGCACAUCCAAACGUUUUGUGAUGCACAUAGGAAUGUGUUCAGCAGUUUCAAGGUCGUUGGACCAGAAGAAAAUCUGAGCCAGGGAGAGGCCAGAAACAUGGGCAUGGAUCUUUGCCGUCAGGACUCCACCUGCGACUACUACUUCAGCAUAGACUCAGAUGUGAUGCUCACCAACAGACAGACACUGACGCUCCUCAUUGAGCAGAACAGGAAGAUAAUCGGCCCUCUUGUCACUCGCCACAGCAAGCUGUGGUCCAACUUCUGGGGAGCGUUGAGUCUGGAUGGUUAUUACGCCCGCUCUGAAGAUUACGUUGACAUCGUGCAAAGAAAACGAGUGGGGGUGUGGAACAUUCCUUUCAUGGCGCACGUAUACCUGGUCCAGGGCAGCGCUUUGAGGAAGGAGCUGAACGAAAGGAACUACUUUGUUCUUGAGAAACUGGACCCUGAUAUGGCUUUGUGCAAACACACCAGAGACCUGACCAGUCACAGAGAAAAAGAAUCCCCUUCUCCGGAAUCAUUCCAUAUGCUCAGGCCCCCAAAGGGAGUCUUCAUGUACUUAACAAACCGCCACGUUUUCGGAAGGCUCCUUUCCACAGCCAAUUAUAACACCUCUCAUUAUAACAGUGACUUGUGGCAGAUAUUUGAAAACCCCCUGGACUGGAAAGAGAAGUACAUCCACCCAAACUAUAUGAACAUUUUCACCGAGAACUCCAUGGAAGAGGUUUGUGUUUCCUGUUGUUCCAAGAGUACAGUGAGGCUGAAUGCUGAAAAAGUCACAUUGCACUUAGAACACAAGGUGAGGGUGAAACUAGCCUCAAUAAGUAAUAACAAGCUUUAUGUGCUUGGCUUGCAGCCUUGUCCAGAUGUGUUUUGGUUCCCGGUCUUCACAGAAAAGGCUUGUGAUGAACUAGUGGAGGAGAUGGAGAACUACGGCUCGUGGUCGGGGGGCAAACACGAGGACAAGCGUAUAUCCGGCGGCUACGAGACAGUGCCCACUGACGACAUUCAUAUGAAGCAAAUCGGAUUCGACAAAGAGUGGCUUCACUUUAUCCGAGAGUUCAUUGCACCUGUCACGCUAAAAGUGUUCUCGGGCUACUACACAAAGGGUUACGCCGUCAUGAACUUUGUAGUCAAGUAUACGCCUGAGAGGCAAGCAUACCUAAGACCUCACCAUGACUCCUCCACCUUCACCAUCAACAUUGCUCUCAAUAACAAAGACACAGAUUUUCAGGGUGGAGGCUGUCGCUUCCAUCGGUACAACUGUUCCAUAGAGUCGCCAAGGAAAGGCUGGAGCUUUAUGCACCCUGGACGACUGACUCAUCUCCACGAAGGUCUACCAACCACCAAUGGUACACGCUACAUCGCAGUGUCCUUCAUCGACCCCUAGAAAUUCUCUGAUUUCAAUGUAAUUUAAACUUUUGACUGAUCUUGGCUUUCAUUGUUAACAUUUUGUGCUCCUGAUGUUUUAUUGAGAAGCAUUUUUAAAGCAAUAGCUUUAAAAAUAUGGGUAAUUGCAUUAAGCCAAUCUCUGUCAAACAGAGCGCUGAUUGGAAAAGGGAUGUGACAAAUUCUCACGUUAGGGACACCAAAAAGAAACAUCAUGCUAGCAGGGCACAAACUCCCAUUUACUUGCAUUUGGAGGCUCAUUAGGAUUUUGGCUGCUAGCAGUUAGCUGUACCAUGCUAGCAUGUGGACUGUCAUUUGUGUUUCUGAUGUGUUAACAGUUGAAGCAUCACUGACGGAAUAUGAUUUAUUGUGUAAAAAACCUUUCAGAUGGUGCUAAUUAACAUUCUGUACCAACAGACAGUAUUCACUGACACAAGCAAGUCCAGUCGAUUUGUAAACUUUCAGUUUGAUAAAAAGAAAUGUUUUUUUCUAUUUUGCACACCAAAAUACUGCUCAGCAGAACUUUGACUUUGAGUUUUGUUUGAUUGAAGUCUGUUACUUGAAUGUUUUUUUCCAUGCCUCUGAAAAUUGACACAAUCUGACUCAAAACUCUGGUCAGUCGUGUGUGAAUUGAUUUUGCAACAGUUUUCUCUUUUAAUUUAUUGCCAAAAUGUAA